CAUGUGACGUCAUAAGAACGGUGUUGAAUCCGCUGGAGAGUUGUGAAGGAAAACAGUGGCAGCGGCGGCGAGUGUUUACUGUCACACUGAGGGAAGGAGGCAUCUGAGGUCACCACUCGCAAAGUUUUCUUCACCAGCUACCUCUCCCACCCAUCACCAUGGAUAUCACAUCUGCAUUUUCAACAUAUGGGUCAUGUGUGGAACGGGAAACUGAAGUGCGUGAGAGCGUACUGGCAGCUGUAAAGGAUUUAGAAAAAAAUUCUUACAAAAUUAGUACCAUACUGGAAAAGAUGCAUAAUGCAGAAGGGAUACAGAAUCUCCAGACAAUUUGUUUAGAAUGCCAUGCAGAGCUCACAAAGGUACCUGCUCUCUAUGAAGCACUGCAGGAGAAAGUUCCCAUUGGAGAAUAUUAUCGGUACCACCACAACUUCCGUGGAACUACACAGCGACUUGUAGCAGCCACGUGUCUCAUCAUAUACCUGGAAGAGAGUCGCCUGCCUCCUCAUGAAGAAGUGGCCAAAUCCUUGGGAUUAAGUACACAGAGAGAAAAGGGUUUCCACUUGGACUUGGAGGACUACCUUCAGGGGACUCUGGGUAUUAGUCAUGAGCUCUCAAGACUUGCCAUCAAUUCAGUUAGUGCAGGAGAUUACUCUCGUCCUUUCCAGAUACGGCAGUUUUUGCGAGAUCUCCAUUCAGCCUACUCUCUGCUGUUUCCUAAGAAUGAAUUAAGAAAGAAAUUUGAUGAACUCAAAUAUUCUUUGAAGAAAACAGAAGAGGUUGUCUACAAUUUGUCCCUUCGAGGACUUAAGCCCCAAGAUACUGAAACCUCGGGCUAGAUCUCUGUCACAGAAUAUGGUUUGGAUGUUAAAUAUAAGAUCUCCGACUUAGUCACCUGAGUGACCUCGUGUGUUUGUAUUGUUCAGCUCAGAUUUUUAAAACACCUCUAAAGUAUCUAAGGUAUUGAUAUUUUUGUACUGGGUCAGUAUGUCCAUUAGUUCAUUAACAAAAAAUCUGAAUAAUUGUGGGUGCACUGUGUUGAAAUCCAGUAAGGAAAGGAGAAUAUUAUGUUCUGGGAUUGUACUAUCUUACUAGUGACAAGACCUAUUAGUAUUCAAGUUGACAUAUUAAUUACUUUAUGCAUUUUAUUUAUGAAGAGAUUAAUGAUAACUUUUGAAUGACAAGUAUUUACACUUCUAAACAAGGCUGUAUCAAUCUAGAAGGAAGUAUGUAUUAUUGUAUAUUCUUUGAAAUCAAUUAUUAUACAAGUACUGUGUACCAUAAUUUAGGAAGCAUGAAUUUUGAGAAUAUAGAAAACUCAAGUAUUUUUUAACCUGUUCUUGCCACAAAAGUAAUCUGAUGACAGUGCUCUUAUGUACCAUGACAGACAGAGAUAAGCUGUUUGUCCUUUAACUUUUAAUGUGUUGUGGAUAAGUUGGUAUAUUUUGGUUUUGGAAGACCUGGUGCAUGAGGGGAUGGAGGAAGGCUAAUUAGGUAAAUACGUGGAUGAUAAGAAAACAUUCUCUACAUUGUAGUCUUGUUCUUUUUCAUGAUAUAUGUAUGAUUGAGUUUGCUUGCAGCCAUGUGAACUUGCCUGUAUGUACAUAGUUUGUGUGCAUGUUUGUGUAAAUUUUAGACUUGACAAGAGUAUUUUUUUAUGUAAACCACUGCCUUCCUCUCCCAGGCUUAAUCUAGUUCCAGAUUAUUUAUUCAGAAUGUGAUAUACCUUAUCAUUAAAUGAAUUCAAAGCAAUGUUAGACUAAACUAGUCGAUAAACAAAUUCCAUUUAUAUGCUCUAGUCAAAAAUUUUGGCCAACUUAAUUCAUACCAAGAUUUUUUUGUUGCAAAUAUAUUGUUUACUUCAGCUUCGCAAAACAUCCAUGGAGUGCACACUGUUUUGGCUAGAUCUUGAUCCAUAUUUAUAGGGUCAGUUCAUGAAAGGUGAAAAAGAUCAAAUUUAUUUACCAAGUCAAUAAUCACCCAGUUGGCAUUUUAUUAUGACGAUGCAUUGCACAGGGUCCAAUGUUAUGCUUGUGGAAUUUAUUAUUGUGGUACAGUAUACUGUUUUCAGGAGUUAAAGAAAAUGGCAAGAUAGCCAUUUAUCAACUUUUUCUUUUUUUUUCAGACUUAUUCAAUACUUAAUUAUUGGUAUAUUUAUGAAAAAGUAUAUUAGAUGUUAACUUUGAAGAUAAAUAGACUUUUUUUCCACUUCCAUUAACAAGUAAAUUAGUAACUACAAUCAUUUUUGUUAACUAAAACACAUGAAUUGUUGAAUUUAUAAUAGUUAUGGUUUGUUAGUUUUUGUACGUGGACAAAUGGUUGCCACCUUGGGUAGGAUGUUAUUCAGUUAUCUUGGGGGUUUUCAAGUUUGAAUUGUGCUCUAUAAUGUUGAUCAUUUUCAGAUAAUCCACAUUUGUUUCUGUAUUUACACAAAAAAUGCUCAAAGUACUUUAUUGUAUAUGAUUUUGACCAUUAAAAAGUGACCCUAUACUACAGUAAAUAUUUAUUCUCAAGAAAAUGGAAGGCA